AUGGAGGCCUCCCGCAAGGCGACCUUCGUGGCGGCCGAGAAGGUGAUUUGCCUGGUUUCGGCCAUGAUGCAGGCGCAAGUGCUCAACGACGACAUCGGUGCAUGCGACGACCUGAGUGUGGACACAUCCUCCUUGGACUUGCCCCCCUUCCGCAAUGCGCCGCCGAAGCCCACAUGUGAUUACUCCUCGGUGACGGCGCUGCCCUGCGACAGCGAUUUCCUCUCUCAGUACUACACCUCUCAGGAUUGGCAUGCAGAAGCUUCUGCAGACACCUGCACUCCCUGCGCAAGUGGCAGGUUCUCAGCUUGCAGUGACCUCUGGAGUGGGCUGACCUCGCAGCUUGGAGCGUGCUUCAAGCUGCGACGCUCCAAGCUGCGAGGUCAGCCCACUCCAGAAGUCACUGCACGCACUCCCUCCUCCUUGGAAGCGAACCGGGCUGAGGGGGGGGUGCUCUUCGGCCUCACAUCAACAAGUUUGUUUAAGAAAGGCAGUUUUAGGAAAGGCGCCACUGGCGCCGGAGCAGGCGAUGCGUACGAAUCGCUGUCCUUGCCUGCGCGGCUGGACGAGAAGGGCUGGCAAAAGGGGUAUGGCUACUCUGGCUUCGGCUACAUGACGCCGUCCCCCUUCGCAGUGCCACAGGAAGGUGUGCUGAAUGCAAAGGCCAUUGAGGAUCAGUACGUGAACUCCCGGCAUAAGCGCCGACCUCCUGCACUCCCGCAGCACCUGUCGUUCGUGGCUGAGUUUUGCAACCCCUUCGUUCCGGCGGCUGGGGGUUCGCCUUUGCACCUCUAUGGCGCCGUGGCCUAG